AUGGAAGGCAAAGUUUUCACAGAAGAACAGGAAACACUGGUGGUGAAGUCAUGGGGUGUGAUGAAGAAGAACGCUGCUGAAUUGGGCCUUAAGUUCUUCUUAAAGAUCUUUGAAAUUGCACCAUCAGCUCAGAAGCUGUUCUCUUUCUUGAGGGACUCUGACAUUCCUCUUGAGAAGAACCCAAAGCUCAAGCCUCACGCCAUGUCUGUAUUUGUUAUGACUUGUGAAUCUGCAGUUCAACUCAGGAAAGCAGGCAAGGUUACAGUGAGAGAGUCAACCUUGAAAAGAUUAGGUGGUGUCCACUUCAAGUCUGGAGUGGUAGAUGAACAUUAUGAGGUGACCAAGUUCGCAUUGUUGGAAACCAUAAAGGAGGCCUUACCGGAAAUGUGGUCACCGGAGAUGAAGAAUGCUUGGGGAGAAGCUUAUGAUCAGUUGGUUGCUGCUAUAAAAUCAGAAAUGAAGCCUCCCCUUAAUUAG